AAUUAUCCGAAAUUCAUUAAAAAGGGAGCGGAUGUUUGUUAAGGCAAGAACGGAUUUUCCAAAACGGCCUUCUCUUCCCCGGCGCCGGAUUCAUUAAACUGAAAAAAUGGCGUACAGAAGACAGCUGGGGAUGACCAGAGCCUCCACCUUCAAGGAGGAAAUUAACAAUCAUGUCGAUGACAGCAACGACAAAUCUUCCAAUCCGCAGUUGACAUCGUCGCACUCAUUUCCCUCGUCCUCGUUGCAUCCGCUAUCCACGAGAUCACCUUCCGAUUCCCUUGCCGCUCAGGCAACUCGUGCCUCCGCCGCUCGCCGCGAGUCCCCUGUAUUCGGAGGAGACACUUCUCCUCGAUUCGGAGGAGGAGACCAGGACAUUUCUCCUAAAUCUAAGAUUCGCCUUCAGCUGGAGACUCUUUUGGCUGAGAAGGCACGUUUGGCCCAUGGGAAUUCAAUAUAUGCUCGUGAGAACCGUUUUCUGAGGGAAAUUGUUGAGUAUCAUCAACUUACAAUGCAGGAUCUUGUGUAUUUAGAUGAUGAUGGUGUUGAAGAAGUUUCAGAAAUUUAUCCCUUCAACUUGCCUGCGAUUUCCGAAGCUCUCUCAGUUACACCACCAUCACCAAAGUCCUCUGCAUCACCAAAAUCCCCUUCAUCACACUAUGAUGAGACACCAUCUGAAACGCCGCAAGAGAGGGCAAAUGAGGUUUCGAGAAAUGCCCCACCAAGUUCAGGCACCGCCGUACCAAAGGAAGAAGAUGCAAAUAUACCCUCAGCAUCUCCGGCUUAAUUUGGGGUUUUUUUUUCUUAUUUACUUCAGUAAAGAUAUGUAUAACAU